GCUGCAACACCGCAGUGAUAGCCGGUUCGGUCCCAAUGAUCUCUUCAGUGCAACUCGUUGUUUUUUUCCUGCUCGUCGCAACCUCUGCAGCCCAGAGGCCGGCCUUCGGCAGGUGUCCUACAGUAGAGCCCAAGGAAAAUUUCGAUGUCGAAAAGUUUGUAGGCAACUGGGUUGAGAUUGAGCGAUCAUUCUACCUUUUCGAAUCUUCACUAUCGUGCACAAAGGUCAACUUCACACUGUAUGAGAACAGCACCCUGAAGGCAGAUGUCAAUUAUCGUGUGCCAUGGAGGGGGACGAGCAGUGUGUCCUCCUACUUUGUCAAAGAUGCGACUAAGACACCAGGGGAGCUCAACAUGGUCCUUGCCAGUACUCUCCCGUCCUUAAUUGCCAGGAUGGCACCAGGUAGUGGAAAGUACAUCGUCUUAGACACGGACUACACAGACUUUGCACUCAUUUACUCGUGUACUGACCUCAGAUUUGUACAUGCAGAUUUUAUCUGGGUACUCGGCAGAGGGUCUGAUAUUUCAGUGGAAGCCAGGACGGUCGUGUACUCGACGUUGGACAAAAACAAAAUAAACAGGGACCGGCUGCUUCUAACCAAUAACAAAGACUGUUAGGAAAUAAUUAUUUUUAUAUACAUGCAUUGUUCUGAAAAUCUGAAAGUUGGAAACUUUGCCAAAAAUCACUUUUCUUGUGUUUAACAUGAGCAAAAUGGACAUUCAUGUUCAAUAGAUUUAGGCAAUGAAUGUUUAAUCAAUUUCAGGAUAUUUUCAUCCAAAGAAAAUUUAUUAAAUUACAAAAUACCAAUUUUAAAUACUUCCCUUUGUACAUAAGUAACUGAUAAAUAUUUAGAUCGUUAGUAAUAAUAAUUAUUUGUUUUAAAAAAAGUUUUAGUUUCAUUAUCCUUUUUUUUAUUUUUCAUUUUUAUAUGUAAAAGGUUGGAGUUACUACAUUUGAAUAUCUAGAAAAGAGACGCAAUUUUUAAGAAUUUUUGUUGUAUAUUAUUGCAAUAGGUAUAAGUAUCUGUGGUUUGAUUUAUCAAACAAAAAUUUACACAAUUACCGACCAAACAAAACAUUAUAAAACAAUUAUAUAACAUUAAACUUAUAACAAAUCAUAUAUUUGCGUUUUAAAACACACAUACUCAUAUAAAUAAAACAAUUUGUACAUUUACAGGCUAUUGAAAAAACAAAACAAAACACAAAACAUCAAAGGUUUUACAUCCAAUGAAUAUGUAAUAAGAAAGAAUUAACAUUAUAAAAGAAU